AUGUCUUUCCUACGAAACCCCUCCGCCCUCUUCGGCAUGGUUAAUCUAGCUGCCAUCGGCGGCGCAACGGUCUACCUGCGCUCGCACCACGUCUACAACCUCGAGGAGCACGAGGCGCGCAUGGACGAGCUGGAGGGCACGCUGAGGGGGCAUAUUGGAAUCAUUGAGGAGGCAUUGGAUCGGCUGGAGGGCAAGGCGACGGAGGCGGAUAGGGGGAAGAAGAUGGACGAGUAUUAUGGGAAGAGGGGCCGCGACGAGAAGGAGAAGAAGAAAUAG